AUAUGUAUGGAUAAUGAGGUGAAUAAAGAUGGGUAUCUUUUUAAUUUCUACAGUCUUUUAUUUUUUAUUUUUAAUUAUUAUUUAUUCCAUCUCUCUCUGUGCUCUGUUUUGUAUUUCUCUUUCCUCUGUGUGUUUUGUUUAUUCAUUUGUUUCCCCUUUUGAGUGGGGGAAGUUGCAGAAGAUUUGAGUCUGACACUGCCCUUUUCCUCUCUCUCUAUCUCUCCAUUUUAAUUAAAUCUCUCAAAGAUCACACUCACUCUCACAGAAGAUUGAUCCAUGAAGCACACGUGGUUUCUCAGAUUUCCCAUUAUACUUUGAGUGAAGUAAAUUCCCAACAAAAAGGAUAACAUAUUUUUCUUCGAACUUCCGGUCGGCGAUGGCGACGUACCUUCAUGGCAAUUCUGAGUUCCAAUCUGCUGAUGGCGGCCUUCAGACUCUUGUUUUAAUGAAUCCAAGUUAUGUUCAAUUCUCCGAUGCCCCGCCGCCUCCUCCGUCGCAUCCUAAUCUAUUCUUCUUCAAUUCUGCUGGGACUGGGUCGGGUGCUAAUUCCUUCCCUACGCAGAACUUGUCUCAUGGGAUGUCCUCUCACACCCAGCAAUUCGUCGGCAUCCCACUACCUCCGGUCGGGGCAUCGGCGAAUUCCCCGACAUCCCAGGACCACAAUUCGCAUUCCUUGAACACCCACCACGAGAUCUCGGCGUUACAUGGCUUUGGCCAUCGUGUCCACCAUAACAUUUGGAACACAAUUGAUCCUUCCACGGCGGCGCGUGAGGCUGCACGCGCCCAGCAGGGCUUGUCUUUGAGCCUCUCCUCACAGCACCCACCGGGAUUUGGGUCGAGAGAUGUCCAACCGCAGACCCAACAGGCGGUUUCCGGCGAGGAGAACGUUCGGAUCUCCGGCGGAUCGUCGUCUUCUGCUUCGGGUAUCACCAAUGGCGUCGCUGGAAUUCAGGGUGUUCUGCUCAGCUCUAAAUACCUCAAGGCCGCGCAAGAACUUCUUGAUGAGGUCGUUAAUGUCACACAAAACGGAAUUAAAAACGAAUCGUCUCCUAAAAAGUCCGCCGGAAAUCAAACCAAGAUGAUCGGAGACCCAUCCGCUGCUGCCACGACUGGUGAUGGUUCUCUCGAAGCAGACGUCGACGGUAAACGCGUCGCCGAGCUCACCACCGCCGAGAGACAGGAAAUUCAGAUGAAGAAAGCAAAACUUAUAGGCAUGCUUGAUGAGGUGGAGCAGAGGUACAGACAGUACCACCACCAGAUGCAGAUUGUGAUAUCAUCCUUCGAGCAGGCGGCCGGAGCCGGGUCAGCGAGAACCUACACCGCGCUCGCACUGCAGACGAUUUCAAAGCAAUUCCGGUGCCUAAAAGACGCCAUCGCCGGCCAAAUCCGAGCGGCGAACAAGAAUUUGGGAGAAGAAGAAUGCAUCGGAAGAAAAAUCGAAGGAUCCCAGCUGAAAUUUGUCGACCACCAUCUCCGGCGACAGCGAGCUCUGCAGCAAUUGGGUAUGAUCCAACACAAUGCUUGGAGACCCCAGAGAGGCUUGCCGGAGAGAUCCGUCUCAAUUCUCCGAGCUUGGCUUUUCGAACACUUUCUCCACCCUUAUCCCAAAGAUUCAGAUAAACACAUGCUUGCCAAGCAAACAGGGCUCACCAGAAGCCAGGUUUCGAAUUGGUUUAUAAAUGCGAGAGUUCGACUGUGGAAGCCAAUGGUGGAAGAGAUGUAUUUGGAGGAAAUCAAGGAGCAAGAACAGAACGGCGGUGGAUCAGCGCCGCCAGCGGCGGCGCCGGCGGAGGAGAAAAGCAACGACGAUUCAUCUUCAAAAUCCAUAGCUCCACCGCCGGAGACAAAAAGCCCCAAUUCGAAACAAGAAAACUCCCCAAACCAAAACGUCCAUCCUUCAAUCUCAAUCUCCACAUCCGCCGGCGGAAAUCCAAGAAACUCAUCUGGGUUUUCCCUGAUCGGACCCUCGUCAGAGCUCGACGGCAUCACCCAAGGCAGCCCCAAGAAACAGAGAGGCCCAGAAAUCCUCCAUUCUUCAACCAACGUCCCGUUCAUAAACAUAAAACCCAGAGACGACGAAGAACAUAAUCCCCAAACCAGAGAUGGGUACUCGUUUCUGGGACAAACCCAUUUCAAUAUCGGCGGUUUCGGCCAAUACCCAAUCGGCGAAAUCGGCAGAUUCGACGCCGACCAGUUCGCUCCAAGAUUCUCCGGCAAUGGCGUCUCGCUGACUUUAGGCCUCCCCCACUGCGAAAAUCUGUCCCUAAAUGCCGCCGCCGCCGCCCACCAGAGCUUUCUCCCGAAUCAGAGCAUCCAUUUGGGAGGACGAAGAACAGAGAUCGGAAAACCCAAUGAUUUCGCCGCCAUUAACGCCACCUCCACUCCUCACUCUUCCACUGCCUUCGAAACCAUCAACAUUCAAAACGGAAAAAGGUUCGCUGCCCAGUUAUUGCCAGACUUUGUGGCCUAAAAAAAUAAAAAAUUCACCAAAAAAAAUUAUAAACUCAGCCAUUAUUAUUGUCAGAUUCUGGGCAACAGAUCCUUUGGAGGGGUGAUGUAAUUGUAAGGUACUGUAAAGAAGACACGAAAAGAAAAACCAAAAAAGGGGAAUUAAAUAAGAAAAUAUUAAUAGUCUAGUUUUUUUCCCCUUUUUUUUUACACUUGGCAUAGAACUAUAUAAUUUCAGUCAGUGGGUUAAUUUAGAAUUUAGGGUAUAUGAGUAUAUAUAUUUUUGGGGAUUGUAUAUUGUUUUUUUUUUCUUUUUUUUUUAAGUUUUUAAAAAUGGGUUAGAAGGAUUGUUAUAAUUAGAUCAGUUUGGCUGGUGUAUCUGUUAUACCCAUUAUAUAUAAAAUAUGAAUAUUGAUUUCAAA